AUGUUAUUUGGCCGCAUAGACAAAGAAGAAAGAGCUAACAAGGUCGAGUGGGAAGGACGGCCUGGUCUUCCCCGUAUAUAUGGUGGAGCGGGAAUCCUCAGAGGUCAGUGUUGUGCCAGGAUAUUCGGCGACUACUCCUGCACUGCUCCUUUGGACGAAAACAAAAAGAUGGCAGCCAAACUGGCAAUCCUUGUGGCGAUGGCGGGCUUGGUGGCAGCAACACCUGAAGCGGAUCCCAAGACCAGCAGUCACCACCACGGCUACUUCCCCGUUCUCUAAGGCCCCUCUCGUACCUCUUCAUGGUGAGUUGUAAAGGAUUCUCAAGCAUAUUUGUCUCAGACUCCGAAUUAUGAUACUGAAGCCUAGAUGCUUAUUAACAGGAAAAACUGAUAAAAUUAGAACAUUUACUUUUUUAUCAAGUUUACUGUCUGAGGAACACUUGAAAGUCCCAGAAACAUCUAACCACAUGCUCACAAGUGGAAAAAAUAAGUGUUGCUAGUUGUAAAAUGGCUGCCCGAUUUCGACAAUAUCUUUAUAUUUUUAUACUAUACUAAGUUUCUAUGAUCUCUCAAACUCUACCCAGAGCGUUCGUGCUAAGACGACUCCUGAUUCAACCAAAGAUAAAGAGGAUUGCUUUCUUUUAUUCUGCCACCGCUGUGUGACGUCUUAACACGUUCUUUAAAUUUGCUCCUCCUUUACUACGACGCUUUCACUGAUGAAUAAAAUAUUGUGACGUCAAGAGCCUAUGCAUUACAUUACAUUUUCAAAAUUCACUGCUUAUGUUUAAAAAAUAAAUCAAAGUUUAUAAAGAUCUUUAA